UAAUUUAAAUUUUCUGUCAUAAAAGUGAUAGUCUAAGAAACUUAUUUAAUUUUUAGGCUAAAUGUCAAAUAUAGAGUAGAAAACACAAAUUAUCUAUUACAGAAAUACGUGAGAGUCAUAUACAUACUAUUUAUCUACAACAACUUACAUUUAUUCAUAAACCUUAAUAAGUACCUUCUGCUUUAAGACCUAUAUUCUUUAUACCAACCGUUAGAUAAUUCCAUGUUGAAUCCAGAUAACAUGACUAAACAAAAUGAAUUGUAUGUGCCUGUAAAGUCAGCCACCGGGGAGGCUGAGGUGGGAGGAUCCCCUGAGCUCAGGAGUCUAAGACCAGCCUGGACACAAUCGAGAGAUUUCACAUCAAAGGGAAAAAAAAAUCUAAAUGCCCCUUUGCCCUGUUUAUAUGAUUGAAGUCUUAAUGUUCACUUCCAGAGCAGCAGCUGUUCAUGCUCGGUAUACUGUGAACGCUUGUGGAUAAUUAACCAAGAAUAGCUUGUUUGUACAACCUUCUAAAGAAGAAAGAAAAUGGCUUUUGCUGAGUUUUCUUUUCAUGUGCCAAGUCUAGAGGAGCUUGCUGGAGUUAUGCAGAAAGGACUAAAAGAUAACUUUGCUGAUGUCCAGGUCUCUGUAGUUGAUUGCCCUGACUUGACUAAGGAACCAUUUACCUUUCCUGUAAAAGGCAUCUGUGGGAAAACUAGAAUUGCAGAAGUAGGAGGUGUGCCUUACUUAUUGCCUCUUGUAAACCAAAAAAAAGUUUAUGAUCUGAACAAAAUUGCAAAAGAAAUCAAGCUGCCUGGAGCUUUUAUUCUUGGAGCGGGAGCAGGUCCAUUUCAGACUCUUGGAUUCAAUAGUGAGUUUAUGCCAGUUAUUCAAACAGAAAGUGAACACAAACCUCCUGUGAAUGGAAGUUACUUUGCCCGUGUAAACCCUGCAGAUGGAGGGUGCCUACUACAGAAAUACAGUGAGAAAUAUCGUGAUUUUGGGUGUGCAUUACUGGCUAAUCUUUUUGCCAGUGAGGGCCAACCUGGCAAGGUCAUCGAGGUGAAAGCCAAAAGAAGAACUGGACAACUUAACUUUGUGACUUCUAUGAGACAGACUCUGGAAAAACAUUAUGGAGAUAAGCCUGUAGGGAUGGGAGGCACUUUCAUAAUUCAGAAAGGAAAAGUGAAGUCUCACAUUAUGCCUGCAGAAUUUUCAUCCUGCCCCUUGAACUCAGAUGAAGACGUGAAUAAAUGGUUGCGUUUUUAUGAGAUGAAGGCUCCUUUGGUUUGUCUACCAGUUUUUGUCUCCAGAGACCCAGGUUUUGAUUUGCGACUGGAGCACACGCAUUUUUUUAGUCAUCACGGAGAAGGUGGACACUACCACUAUGACACUACCCCAGAUACAGUAGAAUAUCUUGGAUACUUCUUACCUGCAGAGUUUCUCUAUCGUAUUGAUCAACCAAAAGAGACCCAUACAAUUGGACGAGAUUAAAUCAGCUGAUACUU